AUGAAAAGUUUACAAACACUAUGUGAAAUCUCAUUGAUGAGAAAUCAUUCCAACAUACAAUCUGUGAGUAACGUCCCCUAUCACUUAUUGAAAAGGAUACUGCAGAAAGUUAAAAUACCGCAAUUAUUGAGACUUGAGAAAAGCAACGUAUUACUGAUAUUUGACGAUGAUGAACUAUGGUUAGGAUUCCUGAAACAAGAUUUCCCGACUAAUGUACACGAACAGUUUGUAUCUAAGAGAGACACUAUUUGCAAAUAUUACUUUGAUUUCGUAAAGGAAAACGACAUAGAACGUUACCGGUCAGACCAGGACUUGUUGAAGUCCUGCGUACGUCAAUCAGUCGUCAAAGACAUCCGAAACAACAAGUACCGAAUACCAUACAGAAUGUUAUACUCAAAGUACCAGCGAGAAGUGGAAAAGAAACAAGAGGAAAGCGCAGAAAGAUUACGACUGGAAAUGCAAAAAUUACAGCAAGAAAGAGAAAAAAAGCAAACCAUAGUGGUUGACCACACUGUUUACUUUAAAAAGCGGAACACCAAAAAAACUACAAGGCUGGACAACGAAGCCCAUUCGCAACUAUACAUGAAAUCUCUGAAAGACCACGAGUCCAGACUGAAGCAUUUCAAAGACGGUGGGUUCAACAUUGCAAAAAGGCAUGCACAGCGUGUGGCCUUUGGUGGCAAAGCGGGAGGACAAUCAUCCACCCUCAAGAGAGGCUCAGUGCCAAUCAAAGCGGAACCUGUUACGGUAAAUCGUCAAAUAGACAACCUCACAGUAGAGAAGAAAGACAUCCCACAGCCCAUCACGCCGGUGAAGAAGAGAAGAUCCGAAUCACCGUCAAUCUUUCUCGUUCGCAAAAAACCUGCACUGUUGAGGCCAGCACCGAAGGCAAACGCUGCAGCUUCCCGACUCCAUCCAACACCGAUCACCGACGAUCACCCUACACAACCUCAUCCUCAUCCUUAUCCCCACAAAGAUAUUGUAACUUCAAUGCCAAGUGUCACCGUAAAUACCGUACCAAAGGGCCAUAAGAAGAAGAAGUCCGGAAUUUUCGUACGAAAUGCCGGAUCUGACGGAGAUACUUUCCCACACGUGACCGCAACCGCACCUACUACCCGUCCGUACAUCUACGAGCCACGGAAAUAG